CUUCCACUUGGGGGGGGGGGGAAGGGACGCUCCCUAAAGCUAUUUUUAUGUCCCAGCAAAGUGAGCCAUCCUAGUUCUGCAGCCGGUUAUGCUGGGCUCUGGCAUGCAGCUGUGUGCGCGCAUGCGCUAUUGAAAUUCAUGGGAGUUGUGCGCAUGCAGCACUCUGUGGAAUUUCAGUCAUGAUGCAGCAUCCAUACUGCCUUGUUGGGUUGAAUCCUGGUCCAUCCAUUUCUUAUCUGUCACCAGCAAGGAAUGAAGGUGAUGGAUAUCCUCUUGUUUAUGACCAGCACCUGCUACUCACAGGUGUACUGCUUCGGAAGAUGGAGGUUCCAUUGAGUUAUUUAAAGCCAAACACUGCUGUGUCUUGCAAUUGAGAAUUCCGUAAUUUAACUAUGCAUUUUGUGAAGACCUUCCCUUCAUCGGCACUAACCACCUGCUGGUCAUUGAAGUGGGUGGUGCUGACAUCUAGGAGUAUGAGGAAAGGAGGAAAGAAAGAAAAAGUCCAUCUAUUCACUCUUUGUGCCAUUCAUAAGUUUAUGAACCUCUGCUGUGCUUCCCCUCCUUAGUUGUCUUUUCCCCAAAGAAGCAACAACAAAAGGCUUGACCUGCAAUCCUAUAGCCUUAACUGGGAGUAAGAACUAUGGAAACGCAAUGGGAGUCACUUCUGAGUAGCUCCUUAUUAUGCUCAUGUCUCACUUUUCCUCCAAGGUGCUCAAGGGAGCAUAGAUGGAUUCCCCACACCCGUCGCCCCAAUUUUAAUUCAGCACUCUACUGUACCACUGUACCACACAACAUAAUAUUGCGCUGUGAAUUGGCUGUGGAACAUUUCACCAUCAUUUUCAUUGAUCUGUUAUUAGUGCAGCUCCCUCUGUUUUCACAUUACCAGAAUUGUGUUCAAACGUGAAAAACCUUUUGAUUGUGAACUUAGCUUGCACCCUGGGGAAUCUGCUUUUUCAUCUUCAGGGCUGCCAAUUCUGGGCAGACAGCCGUACUUAUGCAAAAUAUUUGGUUCAGCUGUAGUUUCCCUUCCCUUAAAGUACACACAGCACUGGGAUGGGCAGAGUCCAGCGCCCUGAUGGCGAUAGAAAAUGACCUGUAUCCUGAUCAUCAGGUCAAACAUUUGAUAAGUGGAGUCAGGGACAGGGUCAUUAACCCCACUUCCGCGCAUAUCAAGUGAGUAGCGGGUGCCAUCUGUCUGGGUGUCUAUGCAGGGUUUGUGAGAGGCAGCUUGUGUGAUGACCACACCCACUGCUGACUUGUGGCCCCCAGAGGAUUGGUGAAUGCCAAAAAUUGUUAACAACCCCUUCUUUUCACCGUUGACUUUUCUAAUUCGUCUUCGCAUUGAACUUUUUUGUGGAGCCACCUGUAAGAUACAUUGCCUUUUUAUAUUUUUGUUUUUUCAUUAGGAACUUACACCUAAUUUUUAAUAAAUAAAUACAUAUUAAAUUCACUCGUAGAUCUCAGGGCAGUUUACAUGCUUAAUGAGCAAAGUGCUCUUGGACAAGAACAGGUAACUGCUAGCCCGAGGGUCAGAUGCUGAGAAUUUAUCUGGCACUCCUAUCAAAAGUUUCGUCAGGAGCUAGUAAGCAAUUUGCCACUGUUCCAUGUUAUCAAGCUGUAAUCAGGACAGGCAGGAAAACAGGAGAUUACACCACUGUAAAGUGACAGAAUCCUCAAAUAAGAUGCAUGGAACAUGUCUGUCCCCAUAUUUCUAUGCAAUGUUAGUCUCAACCUAUGUGCUUUAUAACUUGGGAACCUGUGCUUGUAAGAUGUCUUCAAACGUUAUUAUAGAGCUUUCUCAGUUGGGAAGGAGUCUAAUUUUGUGAUGAAGUAGACUUCUACCCUUCUCUACCUCUGAGCUGCUGUCUGGAGUUUAGAGCAGCUCUCAGAAAGCAGAAAGUUGUCCAUCCCAGAUCUUUGUUGUAAUAAAAAGUUCUAGAAAGUGACAAAUUGCUGAGCUAAAAUGUCUCUGUGCCAAGGUGAUGUUUGAGGAAAAUUGUCAGUCGAUACGCAAGCUAAAGUUCUGUCUUAUUGUUGCUCUGCAGAUUACUUAAAGUUGAUGCUCUUUCAAUUAUUAUUGGAACAGGCAAUGAAAACAGCAUUAUGAUUAUUUUAAAAAUCAGGUUUGCAGUUUGCUUGAGAAGCUCUCGUGUCCGAGCUAUGAGCCUGCUUCUUCAUUUUUAUUUCAUAAAAUUUAUGCCCUGUUUUAUUGUAAAAACAAACCUCAAAGUGGUUUACAAAAAAACCAAAACAAUAAAAUUAUCAAUCAGAAAAAUUAAUAAAAGCAAUUUAAGACUUUUGAAAAGUUAAAAUAAAAAUAGACUGAAAACAGAAUGAAAUUCAUACCAGCUUUCUAAAUGUCUGGGUAGGCUUGUCUAAACAAAAAUGUUUUUAGCAGGCGCCCCAAAAAGUACAGUGAAGGUGCCUGCUUGAUAUCAAAAGCCUGAGAUAUGUCAGUGAACCGCCUUGGCAAUAAAUAACUUUGACAUCUAUUGGUGCUUAAUAAACACCCUUUCAUCUUCCCCUGCUCUGUUUUUGCAAUACCGGGCAGGCAGUGAAACAUGAGAAUUUAUCAAGUAGUUGGUAGACAAGCUUUCCUAACUGGCGGGCUGUGCAUGGCUUGUUGUAUAUGAGCACCGGUCAAGAUUAGAGAAAUCUUUGCAGAAAGAAAGGCUUGAACAUAAGAAAGCAAAAGAAGACUUUCUUGUUUAUAAAUUAGAAGCACAAGAAACGCUAAAUAAAGGAAGGCAAGAUUCCAAUAGCAGAUAUGGAGCACUGAAUGUGCAGCACCAGAUGUUGAAGAGCCAGCAUGAAGAACUGAGGAAGCAGCAUGCAGACCUGGAAGAGGAGCACAGGAGGCAGGGAGAUGACUUCAACAGAGUGGUCAGUGAUCAUAAGGAAAAAUAUAUGGAGUUACAGCAAGAGAAAGAGCAGGAGCUCUCCAAGCUGAAAGAAUCCAUGUAUAAUCUGCGAGAAGAGAACAGGCAGCUGAGGCAAGCCCACCAAGAUAUUCAUACUCAGCUACAAGAUGUGAAGCUGCAGCAUAAGAGUUUAAUCUCUCAACAUGACCAGCUUGUAGUGACGCUAGAAGAACACAAGAGUGCGCUUGAAGCUGCGCAGUCCCAGGUGGAGGAAUACAGACAGCUGAAAGAAACACUCAAAAAGAUGCCUAGCUUCCAGAAGCCAGAAAAUUUUGAGCAGCAACGUGUCCUGCCGGUGACAUCGGCGUCUUCACCUCUAGGGGACGCCAAAGCACAUGGCCCUGACAUGGUUGAAGAGCAGAAGGAGAUAACGCUAAAUGGUGAUCAGCCACUGGGGGGAGAAGAAGCCAACAGAGGAAUCCACUUGGAAGGAAGAGAAGGCAGAGCGGAGCCGUUUCAUCCUGAAAGAAAAGCCAAUGAAGGUCACCCGCCGCGGGAGCUCAAUAUUCAGCAGAAGCAAGAGGCGGGAGAAGACGAGGAGCAACAUGUGGAACAGGUUGCAGAGGAGCACAAGAAGGAACUCGAGGAGGAAGAGAUGGAGCAAGCUGGGCAGCCUGAACGCUUGACAGAGGAUCUUGACCAAGGCAACUUGGGGCAUGAAUGGAAGGAGAAAGGGCAGGCUGAAGAGGAAGAAGCCAACACCCUGCACGAACACCAUCAUUCAGAGGAACCACCAACGGUGAAGACGAUAACCCGAUACAAAUCUGCCUACGAGGAGCAGCUGGAACAACAGCGGCUGGCCGCCCAGCGAGCGGAGGAGGCCAAUCGCCUCAGAGAACACCAGGAGUCUCUGCACCAGGGGAGGCUACAAGAGCACUUGCUACGGCAGCAGCAGCUUCAGCAGCGAGAGCUGACACUGCGCAGGCAGGCAGAGCAGGGCGAAGAGCAAUUUAAACACCGCCUAAGCCACCAAUCCCAUUACGACAACCUGGAUCAGGAUAUUGUGCAAGGAGAACAAGAAGGUGCCCAGGAAGAAGAAGAAAAUUACGAUCGGCAGAACCAGCACCCAGGUGAAGCGGAGGAAGAAGACCACAAUAAUGCAAACGGACAACAGGAUCAUGAACUGGACCACCGAGCAGAGAGUGAGCAGAAUGAAGAACCGAAGGCAGCCGGGGAUGAUGUCAACCCAGCUGAUGAUCCCAACAAUCAAGGAGAAGAUGAGUUUGAGGAAGCAGAGCAGGAGAGGGAAGAGAACCUGCCUGAUGAGAAUAAGCAACUGAAGCCGAAUAACCCAAAACAAGAGAACCCUGAAAUGGAAGAACAUUUAGUGAUGGUGGGUAACCCUGAUCAGCAAGAAGACAAUGUGGAUGAGCAGUACCAGGAAGAGGGAGAAGAAGAGGCCCAGGGAGAUCUGACCGAGGAGAAGAAGAGGGAGCUGAAUCACAACGGCGAGGAGCCAUACGGCGAAAAUGAUGAAAAUGCUGAAGAAAAAAUGAGUGAAGGCGCAGAUCAAGAGCAAGAAGUCCAAGAGGAAAAUAAUCGUAAAGAAGGCCGUGAUGAGAACUAUGAGGAGGAAGAGGAGGAAGAGGAGGAAGAAGAGGAAGGUGGCGCUGUAGCAGCAAAGGCUCAUAGACGAGGGGAAAUGUGAUUCUAGGUUGAGCUGCAAAAUGGCAUCUGCUUGGAAACAAAAGAAGAAAAAUUUUAGUUGCUAGAGAAGGCCUUUUUAUAUGUAUACAUAAUUUAAAAAAAUUUCUCUUAGAAGUCUUUGUGGUUUUAUACAAAUGCAAUAUUUUAGGUUAGCAUUCCUUUUCUACAAGAUUUUAUGUGACAAAAACAAAUAGAUGAGGUGGCUGCCCCCUUAUUUUUCCUCUUUAUUUUUAUACUGUUUCUUUUCUAGAAGUUUGAGGAUCAGCUUCAACUUAAAUCUGUUUGGCAUUGUCCAAACUGUGACCAGCCUUUAGCUUUCAGGUGUAUUUCUGGGGGUUAGGGGAGACUGAACAUUAGUGCCUAAUCUCUUCGAGUUUGAGAAACGGCCGGCUGCAGGGUUGCACCCAUAUCUCUGUGAGAUACUGGAUUUUACAUCCAGCUAUCUACGGGACAGCACAUUCGAGCACCUCUGUGACACUCAUACACACUGGGUGGGACUGAUGUUGUGGGUCUUUCCCACCCUCUUGUUGCUCUCCCUCCUAGAGAGGUGUAAUUGAUUGGAUUAGCUCAAUGCAGACAUUUGGUCUUAUCCAUAUAUAUGCAGUACCUAACCCAUGCAAGUGUGUCACCACAGGCCAUAAAGUAUAGAUGGAUCAAAGGGUUUCUUCUUACCGCUUUAAAUAUUAUGUGCAUGUAGACUUGACCAUUGUACAUCUGAGCCCAACAUUGUUGUCAUGUGUGGUGGAGAUAGAUCUGUCCAUCGCCUUAUUGCCCUAUCUUAGAGGCUGCAAUCUGAGAAUAAGCCCCAAGGAAAACAAGGAAACUUACUUCUGAGUAAACAUAUUUGGGGUAUGACUCUACCACCACUCAAAUCCCUUCUAGAUCAAAAGAAGAUAGAUAUAGAUCCCCCAAUUUGGUUUAUUUACCAUAUGAUACACACGUUUUGGGACGCAGGUGGCGCUGUGGGUUAAACCACAGAGCCUAGGGAUUGCAGGUCGGCAGUUUGAAUCCCCACGAUGGGGUGAGCUCCUGUUGCUCUGUCCCAGCUCCUGCCAACCUAGCAGUUUGAAAGCAUGUCAAAGCGCAAGUAGAUAAAUAGGUAUCACUACAGCGGGAAGGUAAACGGCGUUUCUGUGUGCUGCUCUGGUUCGCCAGAAGCGACUUAGUCAUGCUGGCCACAUGACCCUCAGCCAAUAACGCGAGAUGAGCGCCGCAACCCCAGUUGGUCACGACUGGACCUAAUGGUCAGGGGUCCCUUUACCUUUACACACGUUUUGAAGUCACAGUCACAAUUUCUUCUUCUUUAACAUUGCGUACCUCUCAAAAAGUUGUGUGGGAUUUGUUUUUGUUUGUAGACCGUAAAGUGCCUUUCUUAAGGGCUCAAGGAGUAUUUCACAUAUAUUAUCUCAGUAAUCCUUACCACAACCCUUGUAAGGUAAACCAGCAAUAGUGUCCCCAUAUUUCCAAAUGUAUGUAUCCUAAUGUUUAAAGAAUACAGCUGGCUGGAGGCUACCCAGGGGGUCAUUGAAGCCAUUCUCCUCUUGUGCAUAAAAGCUCCCCUUCUCAGGGCUUCCACUGUUGGCUUAAAACUUAGUCAUGAUGUCAGUAAGGAGGGCAGGAUGUCAAAUAAAUCCAUAAGAAGGGAAGGUGCUGGAGACUGGUGGCUUGCCAGAGAGCCAGCGUGGUGUAGUGGUUAAGAGUGGUGGACUCAUAAUCUGGUGAACCGGGUUCACUUCCCCUCUCCUCCACAUGCAGCUGCUGGGUGACCUUGGGCUAGUCACUUUUCUCUGAAGUCUCUCAGCCUCACAGAGUGUUUGUUGUGGGAGAGGAAGGGAAAGGAGAUUGUUAGCCCCUUUGAGACUCCUUAAGGGGAGUGAAAGGUGGGAUAUCAAGUCCAAACAACUCCUCACCUCCUCCUGCUCCUGCUCCUGCUCCUGCUCCUCCUCCCCCUCCUCCUCCUCCUCCCCCUCUGGUUGCUUAGCCGGUGUAAAAGACUGGAUAUUAUUAAGGCAUAUACGAAUGUAUGGCUAACAUGAGAUUUGAAACCAGACCUUUCCUAUCAUAAGUGGGUGGAGAUGAUGGUCUCCUCUUAUCUCAAAUGAAAUUUAGUAUUAUGUUUGACAGAAGAAUGAAAAGAAUGUGAAAAAAGGAGUAAUUGGGUGGUAUGUUGAUCUGUUGAUCCUUGGAUCAGUAGCUCUAUUUUAUGUUAGAAAGGUGUGUGGUACAAAAUGUGGUACAUUUGACUGGUUACAAGCUUCUUAUUCCUCACCUCCCUAACGAUGUGCUGCUUUCCAGGCAAGCGGAAAGGCUUUACCUGGCAGAAAUAAAAUGGGCGGUUCUUUCCUGGCAUGGUGGCAUGGUGGUACGUUGGCUUCAAAAGGGUUAAAAAUCAAGUCCUCAUUGUUAAAUGUCAGAAACUGGGAAUUGAUACCCGUGACAUACUAGCCCUACAGUACCUGAAUAACUGGACCACCAACUCUGUUGCUUCUUAUUCUCCCACUAAUAUUAUUGUUGCUCCUACAAUUUUAACAGUGACACAUGGGCCAAGAGAAUGACUCACCUGCUUCCUUCUGCCUACCCACCUGCAAUCUUGUACGGUUAGCAUCAUGGGCAUGGGCCAGGUUAACGGGCAACAGUUCACAAUGGCCUAGCCAGAAAUUAGGACCUACCUCGGUGAUGCUGGUGUAGUGCAUAGCUGUGAUUUCUGCAGGCAAUACAAUGUGUGACUGCUGGUUUGUCUGAGGGACACGUGACAUGUUCUGUGAUCAUGGGCUUUUAAGAUCGUAGCUGAGUUGCAGAACUUAUAUCCAUGAUUAUACUGCACACACCCCAUCCUUCAUGCGCUUCUGUUCCUAGGGAUACUAGUGAGCAGGGAAUGGGAAAAGGUAUUGGAGGACAGAAUUGUGUGUGCCACAUGACCUGCCCUUUGCCCCUUGAGCUAACCUGCCACCCAGAGAUGUGGCAGAAGAUGAUGUCCAGCGGCUAGUGUUGGAAGUAAGAUUAAUCUGUCAGGCCAGUUAGCUUCUACACAUGGAUUGGAAUAGAGGCACCAUUUUACCCUUCACAUUUUGGAAGUGAAAGGUCUUGGGCUGGCUCCAACACUUCCUCCCAUCUUUUAAGAAAUUGCAUAUGACCCAUAGGCUACUAUUUUAACUUUUUUAUAUGAAUGUAAUAUAAUUCAUUUUUGUACUAACCUGAUUAAUAAUUUUGCUUUUGUAGAUGCUUUGAACUAUUUCCUAUAUAUAUAUAUAUUUAAGAGUGGGGUACUCUUAACAUUUCAUAGGACUUUGUGUGUGGGUGAGGAUUUGAGGUUUCCUAAAUGUUACAAAAAAAGAUUUAUCACACAUGGAGAAAAGAGAUUCCUGUUUACAUAAAUGACUGUAAAGUGUAUGAUAUGUACAUAAUCUUCGGAAUACAAAUAUUUUGAUACAUUUGUGUGUAUUUUUAAUGCCAUGGGGCAGUAUUUAAUUAUUCUGAGGCAUAUUUUAGGGUCAUCAAUAAAAGUUAGAAUCAAAAGUAA